AAUACACAGUCACAACAGCAGGAGUGAUCUCACCUCCUCUCCACCCCUUCUAUCUAUCGCUGCUGCCAGCCUCCAAAAAACAGCGUAUCCGUGAGCAGUGCUGGUGUACAGAGACGGUAAGGUAUAUACUGACGAUUCGCGGUGGAUUUCCCUGACCAGGACCACUACUGAGCGACAGAGCCGACCAUGGAAGAACUUACGGCAUUCGUGUCGAAAUCUUUCGAUCAGAAGAGCAAGGAGAGCACCAAAGAGAGUAUCACGUACAGGGAAGUUUUGGAGAGCGGCUUGACAAGGGCGAGGGAGCUGGGCAGCCCGGAGACAAACCUGCAGGACAUAACGGAGAGCAACCACUGCCCGGUGCAUCUGUUCAAGGACCACGUCGAGCUGGAAAAGGACAAACUGAAGGACUUUAAUGUUUCGAGGGCGACUGAGGGGAUAUACGAAUGUAAGGAGAAAAAGGAGGACGUGAAGUCCGAGGACGAGGACGCACAGGGCAAACUGAAGCAGCGGAGGAGUCGCACUAACUUCACCUUGGAGCAGCUCAACGAGCUGGAGCGACUCUUCGACGAGACGCACUACCCGGACGCCUUCAUGAGAGAGGAGCUGAGCCAGCGGCUGGGACUGUCCGAGGCCAGAGUGCAGGUUUGGUUUCAGAACAGAAGAGCGAAAUGUCGAAAACAAGAAAACCAGAUGCACAAAGACAUCUUUCCCUUCUCUCCAGGUGUUAUUUUGGGCAGCGGCAGUCACCUUGAUGCCUGCAGAGUAGCGCCCUACGUCAAUAUGGGUGCCCUUCGGAUGCCCUUCCAACAGGUCCAAGCACAGCUCCAGUUGGACGGGGUCACUCACUCUCACCCCCACCUGCACCCUCACCUGGCCGCUCACGCUCCUUACCUGAUGUUCCCACCCCCUCCUUUCGGACUACCAAUCGCUUCUCUCGCCGACUCGGCCUCCGCAGCGGCGGCGGUCGCGGCGGCCGCCAAAAGCAACAGCAAGAACUCGAGCAUCGCCGACCUGCGACUCAAGGCAGGACUUCUGCGGGGCCAGUGGCUCAGUCCACUCCAGGCACAGAUCACAUCCCAAGGACCGUACAAACACAUGUGGAUGUCUGUCUGAGGGCCAGGCCGGGGGCCCGUCAGACCAGAAGACGUUAGAACAAAGCAAACUGGCGAGGGCAGCGGCAGGGCCAAAAGCAGAGCCUUGCUGCCGCUGGCUGCAGCCAUGUUGACAGUGCAGAGGGUUGAACUUUGGGGGGGGGGAACAGACCCAGGCAGCACCUCACACCGAGUCAUUGGGACGGCCUCUCAUCUUUACACCUCCCGCACCCAACCUCUAAAAAAAAAUUUAAAUUUAAAAUUUAAAAAAAAAAAAGGAGAAAAACGCAUUUUAAAAAAAAAAAAAAGGCCAUAUUCGUCUCCAACCACUGUGUUCCCUGCUGCUGCCAAGUGCAUGAGCUCUAAUGGCGGACCGUUUCUGGGACUGGUCUCCAUCCACUCCUGACACAAAUGCUCGACAACUGUUUUUAACACUGCCAUUCAACACAACCGCCCCCCUACUCCUCCUCCUCCUCCUCCUCCUCCUCUCCCCCUGACACCUUCAGCGUCAAACCUCUCCAUCGCGGUCUGAUAUCCCCCCUUCUCACGGACUCGUGCUGUAACAAAAAAAAGCAACAAUCCCCUUUUCACUCGCUGCAGAGGGGCGACUCUGCGUUGCUGGGCAUGUGUCGGAGAUGGUUUCCAAUCUCCGCGUGCGCUCCCUCUGUCUUUAUUUCUUUCUGUUUAUCGUGUCGUAUCUUGGGUUAAGAAGUGAAGAUAGCCUUUGCACUUCAGGUCUUGUAUGUGGGUGUUUACAAAUGGCACUACAAGCGGAUACUACUUUACUAAUUAAAAGGGGGGAUUUGAUAUCGUCAUGUGAUCAGCAAAAAGGACAUUAUCUUGGACAAAGGGUAUAAAUGGGAUUCUUUUGUUUGUUUGUUUGUUUGUUUUUUUCCUUUUUCUUCUUUUUGUAAUUCUGAAAAUAUGAAGAAAGCAUCAGUCAAACUGAAAUGCAAUGGUGUGCAGUUUAAGUGCAAUACUGUAAAUAGCAAAAAAAAAAAAAAGUAAAAACAGCUAGCAGUUAAUCCUCAACGAUACAGAGACCCAAUGACUUUUUUUUUCUUUUUUUUUUUAAUUAAUAUUCCUUUGGUUGUUUUUCAUGCACUGUUGGAGUGUUGAAUUUCUUUGCCAAACUGUUUUUUCUACGGCAGUGUGCAUUUUGUCCGGUUCGAUGAAAGUCGCUCUAAAAGCCAGGUGCCAUACGCCACAUAACCUCCUAUGUAUCCGAGCAGUUUUGCAGACAACAGGCACAGCUGUCACUUGUUGAGGAAGACAUGAGCACAUUUUUCUUUUUUUUUCUUUUUUUUUCUUGGAUGCUGCAGAAGUUGGGCAUAAAUAAAUGAUAAUAAUAAUAAUAAAAUCUAAAGACAUUUUACAUUUGGAUUUCGGAAAAUAUUUAUUAUAAGAUCAACAAAUCAGCACUGCAGCCCAAAGAGUGGCGGUUGUUUUUCGAUACGAUUUGCUUCAUUUUUUGCAUGUUUUUAUGUGACAUUUUCUAAUUCCUUUCCAAAUAUUAACACAGAGUGUAUUUGAAAUGCUGUCGCAGGCCAAACAUCCGGGGGUUAAAUCCAAACGAACCUUUUCAACACUGCUGUCAGAGCCGCGCUACAUAUGCAGGUCUGCUCCAGGCCUACGUACCUCUAACAGUCUCCAAACAACAGUUUUUUCUACGUUAACAGACCUCCAUUUAGAAAUGUUUAUCUUUGUCUCCAUUUUAAAUUAAACAUAUGGGUGUUUUAUUUAUUAUUAUUUUGUCUGAAAGUUUAUGAAAGAUGAAAUAGCUGAACUACAAGUGUACAUUUUUACACGGCUUUGCAUUUAUUUUUGUAUGUUUCUUUUUUCUUUUUCUUUUUUUUUUUAAGUGUUAAAUUUUUUGACUUAGGAGGUGUGGCUGUAGUGCAUUGUUUGCCUAAAAAUAUAUAGAUAAAAACAAAAAAAUAAAAUAAAAAAUGUAGCGUGUCCGAGUUUACAGACAUUUCAGGGAUGGUUGAAAUUAAAUGAUACUCCAUGGAAUUUGUUGUACCCAUUAAAAGGAUUACCAUUUCAUAUGCAAGCAUGCCUAAACAUGACUCAUCGUACGGUUUGUUUUCCCCCCCCUUUUGAUUCACAAAAUAUGAAUGUACAUCUUGUACAAGUAAACUAUCAAUAAAGUUAUAAAUAUUUGUA